AUACCCUUCUACCUCUGUGUGUGCGAACAGACAUUUGCUCAGUGCUGAAAAUGACUGUAUCUCGUGUUUACUGCUUCGUUUCCUUAGGCAUUCUGGCCGUGAAUGAAGCAGUCGGUCACGGAGAUACCAGCCCUACCCUGAGUGCCUUGUGCUCACCAGAUGUGGGGCUGUACGGAGUCGCUGCAGAGUGUGCAGAGACAUACCAGCGAGAGUUGGCAGAAGUCGAAAGGAGAAAAGUGGCCACAGGAGGCAGUGGCAGUGAACGGGUGAAACACUGGGUGAGAGGAGGCUGUCAUCAUUAUCAUAACGUGAGGACCAGAGAGGGAGGAUGGGAUGAGCCGACAGAAUUUGUGCAGAAUGACACACAGCUGUCACGGGAGGAGAUGCAGAGCACUGUAUCUGGAGUCACGGCAGCAUACGAGCGAGAGCAGUUGUGGCUGGCCAAAGAGAACCUGCUGGUGAAGCUUCAGGCACGUUGUCGAGGCUGUCUUGUCUGUCAGGAAUUCAACUCCAGAAUGAGGUUUUUGAAGAAGCAAGUUCCAGCCAUCACUUGCAUGCAGUCCCAGUGGCGUGGCUAUAAACAGAGGAAGGCAUAUCAAAUCCGUUCGGAUUACUGACGAGCACACAAGGACCAAGAAGUGAAGAUUCAGUCACUGGCCAGGAUGUAUCAAGGCAGAAGGCGUUACAGAGAUCACCUGCAAUAUUUCAGAGACAACAUAAAUGACGUUAUAAAAACUCAAGCUUUUAUCCGAGGAAACAAAGCAGGAGAAGACUACAAAACCCUCAGUGAUCCUGCCCCAGCAGGGGGAUUGGACGAGGUGAUCUUUGGAGGUCCCUUCCAAUUCCUGACAUUCUGUGAUUCUGUGCAAAGUUGGUUCACGGUAGUACUUUUGCUGCUGGGAAAUAGGAGCGCUGAUCUUUGGGUUAAUGCUGAAAACCCACCUACGGCUGUGGUUGGGAAAUUGGUUCACUUGCUCGAUCGGACCCAGAUUUUCAGGAGGAGCUGGAGCUAAUGAAACUGUGUGAGGAAGCUGUGACCUUGAUCCGAUCUAAUCAACAGCUUGAAAAUGACCUCAAUCUCAUGGACCUCAAGAUUGGACUGCUAGUGAAGAACAGAAUGACACUGCAGAAAGAGAACUGCAGCAGAAACAUCAAGGCUUCAAGUGUUUUAAAAACAAAGCACCAGAAAAAAACCCACUCGGGACCAAGGGAAAGCAAUAGAUGGAUGUUGUUUCUCAUAGCAAAAAUCUUAGCAAGGAGAACAAGGAACAGCUCUGUGACGUGAUGACGCUGAACGAGCAAAAGGGAGGUUUGCAAGCUUUGAGCAAAGAGGAGAGGGAAAAGCUGGAAGCCUAUCAGCAUCUUUUCUACUUGAGUGUUGAGGCGCUGUCUGUCUUUGUGGUGUUGGCUUUUGUGGACACGUGCUGUAUGGGAACUGCUGAGUCAUGGCCUGAACCUCUGAUUGAUCACCUGAGGCGAGCAGUGAGUCAGGCAGAGGAGCACAGGUGAAGGCAAUGCAGCUGUGCUGCUGGAAGGGGUGCAGCCAGGCUACAGCCCUCCUAGACCUGUUUAAGA